AUGCCGCCGAAGUAUACAAUGUCCGACUCUGAGUCUGAAGCUGAGGUUGACGUGCCCAACACUCCCUCUGACCAGGCUCUUGAGAAGGCCCUUCGCGACCAAGUGGCUACAAUCUUCAAGUCGGGAAAUAUGGAGGAAUUGACUGUGAAGCGCGUGCGACUUGCCGCCGAAGAAACACUAGGUCUCACAGCAGGGUACUUUAAGUCUACAGAUGACUGGAAAGCGCGGAGUGAGACUAUAAUCAAGGACGAGGUGGAAACACAAGACCAGGCAAUACAAAAUCCACAAUCUCAAGCCUCAGAAAUGUCCCUCUCUCCUCCAAAGCCCAAGCCCACUGCCCUUGCGAAGCGAGCAAAAGCCGAGACCGCGUCAAAGCCCAGGAAGCGUCAGAAGACUAGGACACCCGUGUCUGAUGAGGAGGAGGAGCUAUCAGCCCCGUUGUCCGACGAGAGUGACGAGGUCACAAAGCCUAAGAAUCGAUCGAAAGCGCCAAUAAAAAAGUCAUCAGCGAAGAAGGUCUCUGUACAGAAACCCGAGAAAGAUAUGUUAGAUGCACCCGGUUUCUCCGAUGAGGAGAGCGACGAUGAGGAUGUCACAAAGCCCGAGAAACCAUCAAAAGCGCCAGUGAAGAAGUUGCCAGCGAAAAAGGGCUCCGUAUCAAAACCCACAAAUGAUGCAUCAGACGCUUCCGAUGUUCCCGAUGACAAUUCACAUGCCGCCAAAAAGGCCGGAGAGACCAAGGAUGAUUCCGAAAGCGAGAUGUCAGUGGUGCUUGACGAAGAGCCUCAGCCUAAGGUCCCACGCAAGCGGCAGAAAAGUGCCGCGGGAACUGCGACCAAGACGAAGAAAGCUCCAAAAGCCAAGGCUGAGGAUACCAGCCCGGACCAGGCUGAAAUCAAACGACUGCAAGGAUGGCUCAUCAAAUGCGGGAUCCGUAAGCUGUGGGGUAAAGAGCUGGCGCCAUAUGACACUCCCAAAGCCAAAAUCAAGCAUCUCAAGGGGAUGCUGGAGGAUGCCGGAAUGACUGGCCGGCCAUCUCAAGAGAAGGCCAACCAGAUCCGCGAAGAACGGGAGCUGAAGGCGGAUCUCGAGCAGAUUCAGCAAGGCGCAAAACAAUGGGGUGCCAAGAGUGACGACGAGGAUGAUGAGGAUGCAAAGCCUCGGCGUAGGCUGUCUCGGGGACGACAGUCACUUGCAUUCUUAGAGAGUGAGGGCGAAGAGACUGAUUGA